AUGGGCAAUCUAGGUGACCUGUCGCCGGAGGGAAGCGUUGCCGUCGGUGUCAUUGUUGGCUUGAUAUCAACUAGCCUCCAAGCGAUCGGACUCACUCUGCAGCGCAAGUCGCAUCUACUCGAGGAUGAGAAGCACCCAUAUGAUGUGCGCAGACCCCCCUACAAGCGCCGACGAUGGCAGGUAGGAAUGGGGAUGUUUGUGAUAUCCAACAUCGUGGGAAGCACCAUCCAAAUCACCACGUUGCCACUGCCGGUCCUUUCCACGCUUCAAGCGUCCGGUCUAGUCUUCAAUACGAUAUUCGCGACCUUGAUUCUCGGGGAACCUUUCACUCGAUAUUCUCUCGCCGGUACGGUUCUCGUUUGUAUAGGCGCAUUGUUGAUUGCGACGUUUGGCGCCAUCGGAGAACCGGCACAUACCUUGGACCAACUUUUGGAUCUUCUACAACGCAAGCCAUUCCUGUUAUGGAUGGGUGGAACCACUCUAUUAGUGGUAGCUGUAUUGGCGACCUCAAAACUGAUAAAACACUUCCUGCCUUCGGCACGAGCGAAACCCUCGGCCUCUGGGCAUUUUGCGCCACAUCUACUGCGAGUGCAAAGCCGGAUGAAGCUGAUCCGAGGCAUGUCCUAUGGUUUUGUCAGCGGUAUACUAUCUGCCCAUUCACUACUUUUGGCCAAGUCGGCUGUAGAACUGCUCGUGCGCACAGUGGUUGACCGUGUAAACCAGUUUAACCGUUGGCAGUCAUGGGUUAUUCUUCUAGGGAUGAUAUUCCUAGCCCUGACACAGCUGUUCUAUCUUCAUCGCGGACUAAAGCUGUGCAGUACUAGUGUUCUAUACCCAUUCGUGUUUUGCAUCUACAAUAUCAUCGCCAUCAUGGAUGGGCUGAUCUACUUCCGGCAAGUGUCUCAGCUUGGGGGCUUCCAUGCCGGUCUCAUUGCUUUGGGAACCAUUGUUCUCCUGGCUGGCGUUCUGUGUCUAUCUUGGCGAUUGGAAGUUAUCGAUAGUCACGCCCCUGUUAGCGCGUUAGGGCCCACCCAGACUGGACUUGGCCCUGGUAUGGCGAUCAUGGAGGACCACCCGACCUCACCUCGAUUGCUGGACGGCGAGGACGAAGAAGCACAUAUCAGAGAACGGGAGCCCCUUCUGAACACGACUACAAACACUCGACAUCUUUCAUAUCAGCGGGGACGAGCUCCAAGCUUACCGCUCAAUCUCCAUCUUGAUCACCCGGACUCGGUCGACCUGAACCCAGCCUCUAUCUGGGCGGAACUAGACGAUUCAGACUAUGAUUCCGCGGAUGAACGACGUCGUUCAUCCGCGGACCAGCCACGUAGCGCUAGUGGCAGUUUAACCCUUAAUGGUCCACCACGACGGCUUAAACGGCACUCGACGAUCGGCGCCACUACGCAUGAUCGAGGGUGGGGAUCUCGCCGAGGCUUAUCAUCAGGGCUCGAGAACCAACGGCGUCGAAGAUCGGGUCCUUUCGGUGGGAGUUCUGUCGCCGAACGCCAACGACGCAGUUGGGGCAUGUUCAAUUCCACAUCUGAAGUUUCCCCCGGCGGUUACGGGACCAUUCAAGAAGUUGCUGAUGAUACUCAUGGCCAUGAAGGCCCCCAUGCACCAGCCGCCGGCUCUAGUAUUCUUGUAGGGCCGAGGAGAGCCUUGGCCGGAGCCUGGAAAUCGGGAAGACAAUUUCUCUCUCGAUGGAGCAGCCCGCGGGCGGGCACCCAGGCACAGGCCGACUCGGCAGAUGAACUCUCGUCAUCCCUACUCCCUCAAGCAGAAACUUAUCCUUGA